ACAUCCAGAUACUUCGGCCAUCUUCUGUGAGAUUAGCCCGGAGGCUGGUUUUUCGCGAUGCCCGUCAUGGACCGUCUUCGUCACAUCCACCAUGCGGGACGAUGACCCCUACAUUACUUGCUAUCACACCUCGCUCAGAGGUCCCCCCUAUUCGAGGGUUUUCUUCCUCUCGCCUUUAUGCUACUGCACUAUAUAGUGAAAAUGAGCCCUCUACUGAGACUCCGCCUCCAGGGAUGCGGGCUUCUGCGAACGAUACCAUACUGGUUAGGUGUCCAUCGGCUGCUGCUCUUGAAGAAGUAGACGAGCCAAUAGAACCAUCCGAAAUACGAUUCAGAAUAUCCCCUAGAGCUGCAGAGCAAUUAAGAUCCAUUUCACGACGCGAUAAUGAUCCGAGCGUCGCGCUUCGUGUGGCAGUCGAUUCAGGGGGUUGCCACGGUUAUCAAUAUAAGAUGAACCUCACUUACCUUUCAGAAGGUGAAGGGGAUUACCAUUUUCUAUCACCAAUGAUCGCACCUUCGAAUGUGCUCAUUGACCCCGUAUCGCUAGGGUUACUCAAUGGUGCUACUUUGGACUUUGCAACAGAGCUCAUUGGGUCUAGUUUCCGCGUGAUCGACAACCCACUAGCCGAUAGUGGCUGCGGAUGUGGCGUAAGUUGGGAAGCUAAAGUAUAGGGGAUAGUCCGUUUAGCGUGGGUCCUUCGCUAACCAUCUUGCGUUCCCCUUGCUAAGAGUCGUAGCAUGCGGUCUGGUGGCAGUAAAAAUCUGCAUUUUGACUGUUUUUCACAUCUGUUUAUCCGUAAUGCCCUAAAUGUCAUGUACCAUCGGCCAAUGAGUAAAUAGCUCCAGAGCUUGGGUGACGCCAAGCGACGAAAGAAGCAAAAAUGAUUUCGCCGAG